GCGCACGCUGCACAGGCGCACGCUGCACAGGCGCACGCUGCACAGGCGCACGCUGGACUUGCCUACAGGGGUCUUCGCGCAGGGACUCAGGGGCUCCAGGAAACAAGAUCUGCCGGUGCCAUCUGUUCGUGCAGAAACUGGGGACUGAGGAGGCUUUGCGCCUGGUGCAAAGGCGGGCGUUGAGCUGACAGGGCUUUUCAUUGCCAUUCCUGGCAACCUGAGAACCUUUGAAGGGGACUGUUAGCUCCUACAAGUUACUGAUACUCUCCGUGUGCUAUUCGUAAGUCCCCUCCGAUUGGGGAUUACUUCUGCUUCGCAGAAAUUAUCUGCGUGGAUUCGUGUAGAGUUUAGAACAUUCUCUGGCAAAACCUCAGAAAAAGAUAUGCUUUUGUCUCAGACGGAUGUCAGCAGCUGCAGCAGGACCCAGUGAGCGCGCUCCCUGGGUGGCACGAGGCUCCGGGAGCCACGACUCCAGCAGAGGGACAGCCUCUCCAGCUUUCUCAUCGGGAGGAGUGUGACACAGUGAGAAAGGGGACAGAAGAGCCACGAGCAACACAGCUGCCAAUGAACUAGGAGCAGGAGCGCUUUUAAGAGGGUAGGGCUGCUGGACUCGGCUCAUCCGCAGGACAGGCUCUGUCAUGGAGUGAAAUGCCGCCUGGGGUCUAAGAAGCGACAGAGAAAUGGCCCAGGAAGUCAACCUGAAUUCCCUGCAGGAAUUAGAGCGGGAGGCGGUCCUCCAGGUCCUGUACCGAGACCGGGCCAUGCAGGAUGUUGAGGAGGAAAGGAUACGGAAACUGAAGGCCCACCUGCAGCAUCUGCGGUGGAAAGGCGGGAAGAGCGUGGGCCAGGAGUACAAAGAGAAGUUGUGCGCCCGCUGCCAGCGUGUCCUGGGGCUGCUGCUGAACCGAGGCGCCGUGUGCCAGGGCUGCAGCCACUGCGUGUGCUCCGGGUGCCGCGUGUUCCUGAGCAGGACCCGCCUCUGGAGGUGCACCGUGUGCUACGAGGGCAGAAAUGUGAGAAUAAAAAGCGGAGACUGGUUCUUUGAGGAACGAGCCAAGAAAUUUCCAACUGAAGGCCGACGCGAAACAGCUGGAGCAAAGCUCUUGCAAUCUUAUCAGAAACUGAGCAAAAUUUCCGUGGUUCCUCCCACUCCACCUCCGCUCAGCGAAAGCUGGUGCAGCAGCAGCCCCAGCAGGUUACAGGAACUUCGUCAGUUUAAAGGAUUUAAUAAGUCCGUGGAAAAUUUGUUUCUGUCUGUUACCACCCACAUGAAAAAGAUCUCCAAGUCCCAGAAUGACAUGACCUCCGAGAAGCAACUCCUAAGCACGAGCUCCAGGCAGCCUGCGGGCAGGACGGAGCGGAGGAGCCAGUCUGACACCGCCAUCAACGUCACCACCAGGAAGGUCAGUGCACCGGAUAUCCUGAUGCCUCUCAGUCAGGAGAGUCCCAAACGCCCCACGAACCCUGUUUUGAAGCAAGAUCUCUCAUCCAGCCCAACGCCCAGCACUUUAUUCUCAGGAGGCUUGAGACAGGGCAGUUUGAUUAGCAUUAACAGCACUUGUACGGAGAUGGGCAAUUUCGACAACGCUCGCGUCACCGGGGAGAUCGAGCUCGCCGUUCGCUACAGCGCCGAGAGCCGGGCCCUGGAGAUCCGCGUGGGGGCCUGUCGGAACCUCGCCUUCGGGGACGAGAGGAGGAAGCGGUGCAACCCGUAUGUGAAGACCUAUCUGCUGCCUGACCGAUCCUCCCAGGGCAAACGCAAGACCGGAGUCCAGAGGAACACGGUGGACCCGACCUUCCAGGAGACCUUGAAGUACCAGGUGGAGCCUGCCCAGCUGGUGACCCGGCGGCUGCAGGUGUCUGUGUGGCACCUGGGCACGCUCGCCCGGAGGGUGUUUCUCGGAGAAGUGAUCAUUCCUCUGGCCACGUGGGACUUUGAGGACAGUGCAGCGCAGUCGUUCCGCUGGCAUCCGCUGUGGGCCAAGGCAGAGAAGCAUGAAGACAGCACUCCUCCGACUCAUGGAGAACUUAUAGUCCAGGCCAAACUGGUGCUCCCUGCAGGGCCCAGACGGCUCCAGGAAGCUCAGGAAGGAGCAGGAGAUGAGACAUCAUGUGACGGUCAACUCUGUCUGGUGGUGCUGGAAGCUAAAAAUUUACGUGUGCGGUCAGAUGGUACCCUGAACUCAUUUGUUACGGGCUGUCUCACUCUGCCAGACAAGCGGAAACUGAGGCUGAAGACCCCAGUCCAGAAGAAGCAAGCGUGUCCCCAGUGGAAGCACCCCUUUGUUUUCAACGGUGUCACCCCUGCCCAGCUGAGGGAGUCCUGCCUACAACUGACCGUCUGGGACCAGGCCCUCUUCAGCAUGAACGACCACCUGCUGGGAGAGGCCAAGCUCGGUUGCCAGGGGGACCCAGCCGGUGGUGCUGACGUGGGCUCACAGUCAAGGCUGCAAUGGCAGCGAGUUCUUUCCAGCCCUAAUUUAUGGACAGACAUGACCCUCGUCCUGCACUGACGCCCAGGUGCCCGAGGGCCAGCUGAACUGUGGACGCACAGCAGGUAAAGGCUCUGGAGGGCGACCCCUCCCUGUCCACGGCGGGUGUGCACCUAGACCGCCCUCCCACGCCCCUCUGUGGAACGGCCGGUUACAGAAAGGAGCCUCUGGUUGGGUAUCUGUGCUCUGAGAUGUGGAAAACAGCCAGAUUUCAAUAAAUGUUUGUUACCUCCCAGUGCUUAUCAAA